CGACGUUGCUCAUCUUCCCUUCGCUACCCAGACAUAUCCGGCCGCCAUGGCAGACUCGAGGGUGAGCCUCCCAAGGCGGCCAUACCCUGGGCCGUUACAGCCUCCGCCCGGCCAGCCCCCACCGGCGGCAGUAACCGCCGCCGCCGCCGCUGGUCCCCCAAACCCACUAUCAUUCAUCUUUGACAACCAACAACCCCUUCACCACCGCUCGGCGGCCUCGACGCUUUCCUCCGUCUCGCCUGCUGGCCCGUCCUCCGCCUCCGCCUCCGCGUCAGGCGGCUCCAGCGGCUCGGCUUCUGUCCUCUCGGCUUCUACCAACGCAACGACAAUAUCCACGGCUUCAUACCCGGAAAGCAUGUCGUCCUCCUCGGCAGCGGCGCUCACCGCCCCCGGUACCGGGGCCCGCCGCCGACGCCGAUGGACACAGGAGGAAGACGACGCCCUCAUCAACGCCGUCGGCAAGUAUGGCUGUGCCCGAGGACCUGGGUCGCAGUGGUCCAAGAUCUCGGAGGGCCUCCCAGGCCGGACAAACAAGGACUGCCGAAAGCGUUGGUUCCACUCGCUUGACCCCGCGGUGCGCAAGGGCAAGUGGUCGGCAGAAGAAGACGACUCACUGCGCCGCCUGUACGCCGAGAUGGGACCACAAUGGAAAGAAAUAGCACUACGGAUCCCAGGACGCAAGGAUGACCAGGUCUCCAAGAGAUGGCGCGACGUCCUCGCGCCAGAGUUGACUGCCAAAAAGCCAUGGUCCGCCGAAGAGGACCGGCUCCUGCUCGAGCUCCUCGAGCAGCUUGGGCCGCGGUGGACGGCCAUCGCCGACAAGCUCCCCGGGCGGAGUCCCAUCGCCUGUCGCAACCGCAGCCGCAAGUACCGCUCCGUCAAGAACGACGGCGACAGUGGCCGGCAGGACGGCGAGUACAUCAAGGUUGAGGAUCCAGAUCCGUACCCGCCUAGCCACUACGUGCCUUCCAAUUACGCGGCGUCCAACCCCGACCCGCUAGCAGGCCCGGCGAGCACGUCGACACACGCCGACUCGGUGCGCUCAGCCACAGAGGGCCCGGGUUCAGUCCACGAGUUCGAGUUUGACUUUGGCGUCGGCGGCGUCCAGGCCACUCCGCAGCCAGGACCGACGCAGCACCCUCCCCCGCCGCCACCGUACGGCGCAAACGACCAGGAGGAAUGGCGCCUCCCCAACCUCGGCCUCGAGGGCGGCAUGCCGGGCCUUGCGUUUGACUUUGGGGACGCGAACCGGACGGGCCACACGCCUCUCCCGCCGCCGGGCUCUACGCCAGGCAACGCCGCCGACGAUUCGAUGGGCGAGGCAAGCAGCCUCCUGCGCAGCUUCGCCCAGGCGCAGCAUCAACUUCACAAUGUUCCUCCCCCGCCGUCACUGCAUACGCAUGCGCCCGCUCCUGCGGCAGAGAGCAGGCUGCUGGAAGGAUGGCUCGCGAGCGUCGGCGGCACCGAGCGAGCUGCAGCUGCCGCUGCUGCUGCUGCUCCCAACUCUCUCAUCCUCUCUCCGGAUACUCCUGGACCUAGGGGCCUGGGCGCAUUGUACUCUGACAGCCCGCGUCCGGCCAACCAGAACCCGCCUCCGCCAGCAAGUGACACUGGAAGCGUUGCAGGUGCUACGCCAGUGUCGAACUUGUGGUCGCUUCUGCUCGCGCUGGACAGGGGCGACCCAAGUGUCAACGUCAGCUCAGCAUUCCUCAGGCAGUUGCUGCACGACGGCGGUCCUGCGGCCAAUGUGCCGUCGCCAUCUGCGCUGCACAAGACGUGAGGUCAUCAAGGGCGGUUCCACGCAUGGGACGUCAAUAGUAAUGGCUCCAGGGCGUCAUAAUGGCCGUACAAGUGCCCGUCCCGCAGUUCCUCGGCUUUCCGCGACCACGAGAGCGUUGCAUUCACACGCAGUUGUAAAGUAGUGUACGGGGUAUACAGGGCUACAAUGUACUACAGCUGGUUAAGUUUAG